CUCGAAUCCGCUGCAAAGCUCCGAUCGCUUUUUCGCCUGCGUUUUUCUCGUCCGAGUCUAUUGUAUUGAAUACCACAUCCUGUCAAAAUGGCCGACGCUCCAUAUGAUCCCUACGUUCCCAAGAACGGUGCCCCCGGGGAGGACAACUCCAAGACGGGCAACCUGCAGCGACAAAUCGAUGAGACAGUCAAGGUGAUGCACGAUAACAUGAAUAAAGUCGCGCAGCGUGGCCAGAACCUCGAUGCUCUGCAGGACAAGACCAACAACCUGGCUGAGUCGGCUCAAGAUUUCCGUCGUGGUGCCAACAGAGUUCGCAAGGCAAUGUGGUGGAAAGACAUGAAGAUGCGAGUCUGUAUUGUUGUCGGAAUCAUCCUUCUCCUAGUCGUUAUUAUCGUUCCCUCUGUUGUUGCGACACGUUGAUGCCUCUCUUUCUUUUAUUGGAGUACCUUGUUUUGUAACGUCAAUGAUGAGCACCAGACGUCGUUCUUCGAAGCUUGAAAAAAUGAGCUCGGGAUCAAAUGAAGGGUUACGAAUUGUUAUUGGAUGUUGGUUCUGUAAAUGAUGGAGUUUUUCUAAGACACGCCUCGGACUAUUUUCACGGGAGAUGAUGCUCUGAGUUCUCUCAGGCUGGGUUAUGCGUAUGAUUUGCA